CUGAGCUGCGAGGAAAGGGGUGCGUGUCAGCUUAAAGUACCGUCAGGACAUUCCGGGACGGGCAUAUAAGUAUUCUGAUUCAAGAACGGAGCGAGUGAAGGAAAAAAAACUUUGCAAAAGUUUGACGCUGUGAGAUAAUUACUCAGGACGAAGCAGAGGAUUCAGCGCUGAUCCAGAGACGAAUCCACACAGAUAAAAAUGCCAGGUGAGCGGUUGGCAGUAAGAGGCACAUCAGAGGUGGGGCGUUUCCCCGGAGCAGCCCCACCCAUCAGGGUGGAGCUGACCAUUCACAAUGAGGAGGAGAAGAAACAGGAGGAGGGAGGCUGCCGUCGUUGGUUCAGGAAGAUGUGUCCGUGCUGCUGUAAGCGCCAGAACAGCACCUCAAAUGAUGUUACAGAUAAAGUGGAAUAUGUCAAACCUCCGGAGCCCGCAAAGCCAAAGCCUGAGAAUGGAGAAGCAAAGGAAAUAGAAGGAAUAAAGUUGUCAGUGUGUUCUGUGGACCUGCUGAGCUCCAAGAUGGGUCAGAACAGACAGGAGCACCACACCGACUUGUAUCAUGGGGACGAGCUGAUCAUCCGCAGAGGACAGACCUUCCAGAUAGAGCUGGAGCUCAACAGGCCCUUCAAUGCUGACAGUGACAAGCUGCAUCUGGACCUAAGAACCGGUCCCCUGCCCAUGGUGUCCAAAGGCACCCAUGUCAUCGUCCCACUGGUGGAUCACCUGGAUGAUGAACGCUGGGAGGCCAAGAUUGUAGAAAAGAACGUCAACAAGAUAAAGCUGUCCGUCAACUCGCCAGCCAGUGCUGUGAUUGGCUUGUAUGGGGUCACGGUGACAACUAGCUCUUCAAAGGAUGAGGCGGCAACUACUCACAACUCCAGCAAGAACAUUGUCAUGCUCUUCAACCCUUGGUGUGAAGAGGACGUGGUGUUCCUGGAUGACGAGGAGGAGAGGAAGGAGUACGUUCUGAAUGACAUCGGGAGGAUUUAUUAUGGCACAGAGAAACAAAUAGGUGCCCGCACGUGGAACUUUGGGCAGUUUCAUGAGGGAAUCCUGGAAGCAUGUCUGUUUAUCCUGGAGAAGAGUGACAUGCCGCCAUCUGGUCGAGGGGAUCCUGUCAAUGUGGUUAGAGUCAUAUCUGCCAUGAUAAACGCUCAGGAUGACUUUGGGGUUCUGGUGGGGAACUGGUCUGGGGAUUACUCUGAUGGAGUCUCUCCGUCAGCGUGGAGCAGCAGCGUGGAGAUCCUGAGGAAGUACCUCUCCUCCAACGGAACGCCUGUGUCAUAUGGACAGUGUUGGGUGUUCUCUGGGAUCACUACAACAGUGCUGCGGUGUCUUGGCAUACCCGCCCGCAGUGUGACCAACUUCCAGUCAGCUCAUGAUACUGAUGUAUCCCUCACCACAGAUGUGUAUUUCGAUGAGAACAUGAAGCUGAUCGACUACCUCAAUAGUGAUUCUGUGUGGAACUUCCACGUGUGGAAUGACUGCUGGAUGGCGAGACCAGACCUGCCCCCUGGUCAUGGAGGCUGGCAGGCUGUUGACUCUACUCCCCAGGAAACGAGCCAGGGCACCUUCCGCUGUGGCCCGGCCUCUGUCAACGCCAUCCGCUCUGGCCAGGUCUACCUCAAACACGACACGCCAUUUGUCUUCGCUGAGGUCAACAGUGAUAAGAUCUACUGGCAGAGGAAACUGGACGGUACUUUCCGCCAGAUCCAAAGUGAGAAGAAAGCUGUCGGCCACUGCAUCAGCACUAAAGCAGUGGGCUCUGACGAGCGGGCAGACAUCACACACCUGUACAAACACCAAGAAGGUUCGGAAGAGGAACGCAUCGCUGUGGAGACUGCCAGUCGCUACGGCAGCAAGCCAGAUGUCUACUCCUCAGCCGUGGCAGAGGAUGUGAGCGUGGAGGUGAAGAUGGAGGGCGAGGGGCCCAGGAUGGGUGCUGACGCCCAGCUGAGCAUCCUGGUGAAGAACCUGAGCUCACAGCCUCGUAGGACCACUCUGCACAGCCAGGUGGCUGUCAUGUACUACACGGGUGUGCUGAAGGGAACUAUUAAGAAGGAGCAGAUGCACGUGGAGCUUUUGCCCAAUGAAGAAAAGACCAUUGAGUGGGUGCUGCCCUACCAACAGUAUCAAAACCAGCUGGUGGAUCAGGCAGCUCUGAUGCUGACCCUGUCUGGAAGAGUCAAUGAGACCCAGCAGGUAUUAGCCAACCAGACCUCCUUCAGGCUUCGCACACCUGACCUCAACAUCACGCCUUUGGGAGAUGCUUUUGUUGGUAAGGAGAUGGCAGCCAAGAUUACCUUCACCAAUCCCCUGCCACGCAUGCUAAAGGGAGUGGUGUUCAGAGUGGAGGGCCUGGGUCUGCAGAAGGGCCAUGAAGUGGUUGUUGGUGAUGUAGGCGGCCACUCUACAGUGACACUGACAGAGCACUUCAUCCCCACCCAGCCCGGACCCAGAAAGCUGGUGGCGUCUCUUGACUGUAAACAGCUCACACAAGUGCACGGAGUGGCUGAUAUUGUCGUUCUUGAGCAAUGAGGGGCAACAUCACUUCCUGUCCUAUUACGUUUUCCUCAUAAAGUAUGAACUAUAUGAAAAGUGUGUUACCUUCCUGUAUCUUAAACUAUCUUGUUUAUUUUGUACUACUACUACUGCAAAAAUGCUUUAUUUUUAAAACUAUGAAUAGACACUUAGCAACUGUAGCAUUAUCAGUAUUAUUAUUUUUUUAUACUUAAAAUAAUAUAAAUUCACACUUCUGCCUUGCUCUGAGAUGUCUAAACUGUGGUGAUGUAU